UUACUGUUGAGUGAUAGCAAGCUAGCUUGCUGUACUCACUGUACAGUGAGAACCGUAGAGAGUGAAUUUACAUCCCUUUGAUUAUAAAUCUUUGCUCGAAAAACAUGGACCAAAAGAUUCCAUACGAUGAUUAUCAACUGCCAGUAGUGUUUCUUCCUUCCUAUGAGAGCCCUCCUGCAUGGAUCCCUACACAAGAGCGGAUACAUCACCCUGACUACAACAAUGAGCUCACUCAGUUUCUACCUCGCACUAUAGUGUUAAAAAAGCCGCCCGGUGCACAACUGGGCUUCAAUAUCCGUGGAGGAAAGGCCUCCCAGCUUGGUAUAUUUAUUUCAAAGGUGGUGCCAGAUUCAGAUGCCCAUAGGGCAGGACUGCAAGAGGGCGAUCAGGUGCUUUCUGUCAAUGACGUGGACUUUCAAGACAUUGAGCAUUCAAAGGCUGUUGAGAUUUUAAAGACUGCAAGAGAGAUUUUGAUGAAGGUUCGAUACUUCCCUUACAACUACCAGCGGCAGAAGGAGAGGACUGUACACUAGGUGGCAGAGCUGACCUUCAUGACUGAACUGGUUCAGUGACGCAGCUGAAACGUUCAGCUGCCCUGCAUCAUCUUCCUCCCACUAACUAUCUUCUCUGACUAAGAGACUGCUCAAAGAAAUCAUCUUCAAACACUUCACGACAUGCUCCUUCACCCAUAGUGGUGGUUUUGAGCUGUGCCAGUUUUGAAUGCAGCUGGUGAAAUGUUCAGAUACUUUCCCAUCUUCUCUGUUUUCUCAUCAUUUUCUUUCCUCUAGGAAAAUUAGCAUAUUCUAUGAGAUAUGUCAUGCAUAUGAAAAGAAAACAUGGCAGAUGUGUUAUUUAUUGAAUGAAAUUACUAUAGGCAGUUACAUCAUGAACAAAUUAUGAUGUGCUAUUAAUAUCUUCACUUAGAGGCAUUUGUUUAAUGAAGCUGAAAUUGUUUAAUAUAUCAUAUAUUAUUUUCAUAACUAGGUCUUUUUUGUGAUUACAUUUCAAUUUUGUAUUCCAAAGCAAAGCAUUUAGUUGUUUAAUGAUUAAUGUCCUGCUAACAGACACAUUGCUACUGACUAAUUAAUUGUCAUUAAAUCAAUCUGCUCAUGAAAAAGCACUUUUUGUGUAAACCUGUAUGAUGAAAAAAGUCUCAAAGUGGGGAGGGGGAAAUGUAAGAAGGGAAUAUUAUAUUCUCAGAUCUUUUUACAUUUAUGAUGUCAGGUAGUGUGGCUUUGUUAAUAUACUGUAUUGACUAGUGGUACUAUAAAUACUAGGUACUAUUUAAGGAAUAGUUCACCAAAAAAAUGAAAAUUUAC